AUGAUGAAACUCCAUGCAAUCCACCUAUUUUUCAUCGCCAUUUCCACUUUUACUCUUUUCAUUUUCAUCGCCCUCUCCUAUUUUUACGCUGAAAUUGCGCAUUUGCACCGAAGUGCCGAGAGUGCGCUCCAAGAUUUCGAGGUAGUCAAAUGACAUGAAAAAUUGAAUAAAAGUGGAAAUUUUCAGAACUUCGAAAGAUUAUCGUGGAAUGAUUUGCAAGUGCUCAUGAUUUCGUGGAAUACCCGAGAAAAGAGGUGAGUGCAAAAAAUUUGAACUUUUAUGUAGAAGGCUUAUCCAGAUGGGUAAAAAUGAAAAAAAAUCGAUUUUCACUCUGCUAAAUGAAAAAAAAACCCGUAAUUUUUGCAGGAAAGCGCGUAAAAAGUCGCGGCGUUCUUCCUCGGCGGUCCCAUUGGCGCCUUCACGACCGUCAAUCCGUCCGCCCGAGUGCCCAUCGGGCGCACCAGGCCUUCCGGGUCGUCCGGGCCUCGACGGAGAGCCCGGAGUGGACGGUGUGCCCGGAAAAGACUGGCUUUUUAUGGAACUGCUGAGCGAAUCGUGCACACAAUGCCCGGCCGGCCCUCCCGGAGAACCCGGAAUGGACGGCUCCGAGGGAAUUCGGGGACCGCCUGGAAGUUUAGGCCCGCCGGGUCCAAACGGGGAAAACGGGGCGAUGGGCGAAGUGGGUCCGGCUGGGCAGGAAGGACCACCCGGGGAAGUCGGAGAGGACGGAAUCGAUGGAAUGGCGGGGCUGGUGACGAUGAAAAUAAUGAAUAGCCGGGGUACGAAAGGAUCUGUCGGCGCUCCGGGUCUUCAGGGCCAGCCUGGAAUGACCGGGAUUACCGACAAAGGUGGGGGAGAAAGAAUUAAGGAAAACUAUGCGAAAUUGCAGCAAUCAUUGGAUCUCCUGGAAUCCAGGGAGCGCCCGGAAAAUCUGGAGCCAGUGGAAAACCAGGAACUGAUGGAAAUGUAAGCACAUCGCUUUUAGCCGCAGAAAAUUAAAAUUAUUCUUCAUUUUUAGAUUGGAAUUCCCGGCGAGCCAGGGGUCGACGCGACAUACUGUCCAUGCCCGAACAGAUCGUUCGAAGUUCAACGGAUGGUUCCACCCGCCGCCGAAAAGAAGUACUCGUACGACUAUUACGAGUUUGAGGCGGCGAAGAGAAAGAAAAAGUCGAUACUCAAAAACCGAAUAAGAUUCUUGAUUUGA